GAGGCGCCACUGCAUGCAUCUGGAGUACAAAGUCAGCGACGUGCUGAUGGUGUUUGAUUACGUAACCUUCAUUGUCUGCUUGAAUUCACGCUAAAAGUUCUUGAAUCACCUCGAAACUCUUUCACACUCCGCCAUCGCUGCCUUAGAUACAAGCCCAUUGUCCAAAUUACCUGACGUAUUGGACGUAGCCUUGUUCGGACUGGGCAGGUUUUACAGAACUUUUGAACAGUGAACAGACUGCGUUACCAUGCCGCCUAUUCGAAGUUCCCGCAACCGUAAGCCACCACCAGCAGGCUUCGAAGACAUAGAAGACACACUGCUGGAGUUCGACACCAAGCUCAAGGAUGCCACAAACGCAUCGUCUGAAGGCAAGAAGCGCUACGAGUCGACAUGGCCGAUUUUCCAGAUCACGCAUCAGCGCUCGCGAUACAUCUAUGAUCUGUACUACGAGAAGGAAGCCAUAUCUAAGCAGUUGUACGACUGGCUAUUGAAGAACGGCUAUGCGGAUGGGAACCUCAUAGCGAAGUGGAAGAAGCAAGGCUACGAAAAGCUUUGCUGCCUGCGUUGCAUCCAGACGAACGAGACCAACUUCAAGAGUACAUGCAUUUGCCGCGUGCCGCGGGAUCAGCUCAAGGAAGACCACACCAUCGAAUGUGUCAACUGCGGCUGCCGAGGUUGCGCAUCUAGUGACUGAACAUCGGCUAGAAAGCCCUACCAAUAUCAGCAGACGCAAUGGGCGGACGAAAAAGAUGCCUGGGUAACAUCUUACUCCGUGAUGAAGGUUGGGUCGAAAAGUCGGCACUGUAUUAGCUCGAUCGAGGCUCAAUGUUGAGGCAACUCGCUGAAAAAGUUCUGUUCUCCGCUACGACAUGAAGACAUCACCGCACAAGGUUAGAUUGCUUCAAAUGAUCACGAUUUUUUGUAUUACGAAAUCUGACACUCUCCAGACUGCUUGAUUUUUUCCCAUAAUCAUGCACUUUCGACUCGCCCUCCUUGAACUUUUUGAGACCAACAUUUUGAUAUGGCAAGUCAGCUGGCAAACACCCUCAAACCCGGAGAUGACUAGCUUUAAGCUGUCUGAAUGAUAUGCACACGAGACGCUCGUCAUACUGAUUUGCCUAAGCGAAUGUCUGCGCCUGGGCAGCGCCGUGAACAGCAUUAACCCAGGCUUGCCUCUGUGGCACCCAAAGCUCUACAUCCGGGGCUCCUGCGAAGGCAUCGCCGUCGGCCGUCCCAGCUUGCACAAUGUAGACAUCCUUGAACGCUUCAUCUUCGCUCUGCUUCAUGAUCAUGCCUCCACAGUCACCGCAAAAUGACGUCUUGAAAACAAUUCCGGAAGGGUUUUGCGUGAACGACCAGUCCUUGGGUGUGCCUGAGAGGAGUUUGAAACUGGUGCGAGGCACGAGCACGUUCGUCGUAUAAGACGUCCCGCUGAGCUUUUGGCAGUUGCCGCAGUGGCACAGUGCCUAGCAUGGGUUAUUUGAGCGUUCCGUAUCUGUAAACGCACCGCUUGUGUAGGGGCCUUGCAAUGGGGGAAGUCGAAUAGUCAAUUCAUACCUUCUUGAAUGGCGGUUCUGCAUCAAUCUGGUACUUCAGCGCUCCGCACGCACAGGAUCCUGUAACAACCAUGCUGAAAAAGAGCCUACUGCGGAUUUUCUUAUGGCGUGUUCGGACAGUAAUUUUCUUGUUAGCUCGGGGCCCGUAGCGUAGGUAGAGGACUAUUUUGGUUCUCAGGUGAUUAUGAG